AUGACAGAGUUGAUGGUUAGAGCGUGGAAGCACAUGAACGCUGACGAUGCUAUGAAUGCACGAAAAAACAAAGAUGGUGAAGAUAAGAGGUCGGAUAAGAAGAGGCCAGCACCUAGCACUAGGGAGGAAAGGGAAUUGAAGUACAAGAAAUUCUCAAACAACCAGGCUGACAGAUCGUUUCGCCGCCCAGCGAGUCCAGGCAGGUAUAAUAACUAUACCCCCCUAAAUACAUCUGUAGAGCAAGUCUUUCUGCAGAUUCAAGAUGACACAUCAUUGAAAUGGCCACCAAAGCUAAAAGCUGAUCCAACAAAGAGGUCUCGAGAUAAAUACUGCAGGUUUCACCGGGACCAUGGACAUAACACAGAGGAUUGUUUCGACCUUAAAAAUCAAAUUAAGAACUUUGUUCGUAAAGGUCAUUUACGCAAAUUCACAACUAGAAAUGGAAAAGGAGGCUCCAACCCAGCCCGGGAGGGCCGAGAUGAUCGCCCUCCUCAACACCAACCAAUGGGUGAGAUCAAAGUUAUAUCGGGUGGCUUCGCUGGUGGUGGUGAGAUGAGUUCAGCUCGGAAGGCUCAUGCUAGGAGAAUUCGGAGUUUUUCAGAGGUGAAUGAAGUUGGAAUGACAAGUCCUCCAACCAAAUUACCUCGAGUUGAGGAGCCGGUCAUAACCUUUUCUGAAGAAGAUGACAAGGGAAUUCACUAG